AAAACGUUCCACUGAUGAGUGAAAUAUCCAGUUUUUACGUGUAUUUUGACGUGUUCUGUUCUCACACAGCCGUUAGAGGAACUGCUUGGGCCAAGCCAGCCAUAAAAUGGGAGAAAAAUUGUUCUUUGUAUUUCUAGUCUGCACCGUGCUUGGAAUUUCUUGCGUGGAAUGCAUCGUGGGUGGUCAUCGAUCAGUUUCUAAUGCAGCGCCGUUCAUGGUUUCCGUGCAGAAUCCAACGCACAUCUGUGGUGGAGCUCUGGUGGGCACGGACUGGGUCCUAGCGACAGCGUCAUGCGUUCAAGGAAAAAGCAAUCUUAAGGUCCUUGUCGGAUCCGAUCGACUGUUGACCAACAUGGAUCGAGUUACGGUUUCACGCACAAAUAUUCACACCGGUUACAAUCAAACAUCUGGUGCCAAUAAUAUCGCGUUAUUGAAGUUGGAUCGGUCGGUAACAUCAUCCCGUGUUAAAACCAUCGCGUUGAAUGACGUAGCAGUGACAACUGGGCUAACGACUGAAUUCUAUGGCUGGGGUUCGUUAAAUUAUGGCUCAUCUGCGAAGUCGAAUGCACUCCAAGUGCUUUAUCAGAGAGCAAUUAGUGCAACUGAUUGUAGGGCAAAAUACCAAAGCACGCUGAUAUUGCAGAAUGAUCAGUUUUGUGCACACGUUCAGCCGGGACAAGCAGCUUGUUUGUAUGAUCAAGGUGGACCAUUAGUAGGAUAUAGCAGCAAAAAACUAAUAGGAAUCUAUGACCACGGAAUAUUAUGCAGUGGAAAAUAUCCGGAUGCGUUUACUAGUGUUUAUAACCACAAAACUUGGAUCGAAACCACAAUGGCGGCUAGAUAAAUAAUAUUUGUGUGUUAAUUUGAUAAUAUAAUAAUAUAGGGUAAAGUGCCCAAUAGUGGACCCCCAACCAAUAGUGGACCCUCCAGCCAUUUUUGCAUUAUUACAGCACAAUGUAAACAUUUUGCUAUGAAAUUCCAUCGGGAGAACCUACCUUACAGUCUUAUGAUUUGAUUACAUGCAUUGGAAAUGCUAUGGAAACUAAAAUUAGAUGAUUUUUUACAAUUCUAUAAAAAAUAAACACGAGAGUGUCCAUUAUAGGAAUAUUUUGGGGGGUCCAUAAUAGGGAAGAAGAACGUUUCGAAACGGAACAUAAAAAUCAAAUGAAGUGUCGACUAUGGGGAAGCAAUUUCCUAUUAUGGACCCCCAGGGGGUCUACUAUAGGGCGAAUUCAGUCAGACUUUGAAAUGUUAAUUUCAACGAAUAACGUCGAGUAUUUGAGUGUUUCAUGUAUGUAUCGUGAAGAGGAGAUGCAGAGCUUGGUAUAAGAUGUCACGCGAAAUAAAUAUUUUGAAAAUUUCCACUCCUUAUGCCAGGAAGAGCAAAAUUUCGCUACUAGGGGGUCCACUAUCGGACAUUUUACCCUAUUUCCAUAUGAGCUUUUCUUGAAACAAUCCAAAUGCAACGUUUUCGUUGAACAGCGUUAUCAAAAUAAUCCGAGCAUUGACGUGCCCUUUUCUAGGUGGGAGGACAGCCUAAAAAAUAGACUAACAUAAUUUUAAA